AUGAAGGAAUAUACCGAGGAAAAAUCAGUUGGUCUUGAGCACGAAAAGAGCAUUGUUUAUGAUGAUUUCGCCCCAAGCUCAGCUUCUGAUGCCGAGGUACAAGAUACACAACUCAAUUUUGUUGAUCGUUGGGCCCACAAAUUAAAAGCAGAAACAAAAGGUAUUGACUUAGUCACCGAUGAGGAAAAGACAGAUUCUUCGGUAUGGAACGCCGCCACCAUGUGGUUGAGUGCCAAUUUGGUCAUUGCUACUUUUGCUUUAGGUGCAUUGGGUAUUACUGUUUUUAAUUUGGCUUUUGGUCAAGCAGUUUUAACCAUUAUUUUCUUUUCGGCCAUUGGUAAUUUCACCGUGGCUUAUUUUUCCUGUUUUGGACCUACAUUGGGGUUGAGACAAAUGAUUUUGUCACGGUUCAUGAUUGGUGAUUUGACAGUACGGAUUUUCAGUGUUAUUAAUGUCGUUGCUUGUGUUGGUUGGGGUGCUGUCAAUAUUAUGUCAAGUGCUCAGUUGUUGCAUAUUGUCAACAAUGGUGCGUUGCCUCCAUGGGCUGGGUGUUUGAUUCUUGUGCUUUGUACCAUCUUGGUGACAUUCUUUGGUUAUCACGCCAUCCAUUUCUAUGAAAAAUGGUCAUGGAUUCCAAACUUGAUUAUUUUCAUCAUUCUUAUUGUUAGAUUUGCCAUGACUGACAAUUUCCAUAGUGCAAACUUUGUUGGUGGUGAAACUACUGCAGGUAACGUUUUGAGUUUUGGUAGUACCGUUUAUGGAUUUGCCACUGGUUGGACUACUUAUGCGUCCGACUACACCGUUUACCAACCAAGAAACACUAAUUUGGUCAAGCUUUUCAUCGCAAUCUUUAUCGGUAUCUAUGCUCCAUCCGUUUUCAUUUUGAUCUUGGGUGCUGCUUGUGCCACCGCAACCAAGACAAACCCAGCAUGGGCUGAACUGUACGACAACUACUCCGUUGGUGGAUUAGUUUACUCGAUUUUGGUGACUGAUUCUUUACAUGGAUUUGGUCAAUUUUGUUGUGUCGUGUUGGCAUUGUCAACCAUUGCCAACAAUAUCCCCAAUAUGUACUCAAUAGCCCUCAGUGCCCAAACUGUUUGGACCAAGUUUUCCAAAGUACCUCGUGUUGCUUGGACCAUCAUUGGUAAUGGUGCCACUUUGGCCAUUUGUAUCCCAGCUUAUUACAAGUUCGAAUCCGUUAUGGAAAACUUUAUGAACUUGAUCUCAUACUAUUUGGCAAUUUACGAAUCGCUUGUUUUAAGUUCGCAUUUGAUUUGGCACAAGGGCAAAUUUAGAAGCUACGAUUAUGAGCGUUACAAUGAUAAACAAAGUUAUCCAGUUGGGUUGGCGGGUACUUUUGGAUUCUGUUGUGGUGUUGCUGGUGUUAUUUUGGGAAUGAACCAGACGUGGUAUAUGGGUGUUAUUGCUAGACAAAUUGGUGAUUAUGGUGGUGAUAUUGCUUUUGAACUAGCUUUUGCAUUUGCAUUCAUUGGUUUCAAUACCACGCGCUACUUUGAAAAGAAAUACAUACGAUAG